AUGAUACCCCAAUUCUUACUCUUGCUGUGGCUGACACUGGUCAAAGGCGAAGUAUUAUAUUUGGAUAACGAGACGCGUCUCGCAUGUGCAAAUGUAAACGCUGGAGAAGACAGUGUGGGCCCUGCCAAGGACACGUACAUCCAGUUCUCAUUCGACGAGCUGGAGACGCCUGGAGUGAUGGCCUUGGCGAUUUUCGAGUGGAGAGAUUAUGACCGGAUUGGAGGCGUGUGUGACGAUGCUGCCAUCGACAACAAUAAAUGUGAAGAGCAUGAAUAUGCCACCUUCAAGGUCAAGCCCGAGGAGACUGACAACCUGUACUCCAGAGUCUUCUCCUUUCCUCUGAAUCUCCAGAGCAUCCAAAAGUUCCGGUACACGGUGUUUAAAUCCGGCCAGUACUGUGCCAUGGUGCACCCUGUGAUCCCCAACGAUGACUUUGCCGCCAAAAUGUCCAUCAAAAGCGCAUAUGGGUUUCUGGGAGGUGGCGAGGUGGGUCUGCUGUUACUGAGCCGUAUUUCAAUCAUCUAUCAUUUUGUGACCUUUUCCAUCUGGUUCUACGCGUAUAAAAAGAACUCGAAACACGCGGUACCUGUCCAGAAGUACCUCACCAAGGCCAUGGGUCUACUGGUGCUCAAGUCCGUGUUGGUGUUUGUCAAUCUGUCUAUGACGAACAAAUACGAAACUGCGCCUGAAUUAGUCGCCACGGUGGCAUCCAUAGUCAAGCCUGUGGCCGACUCGCUCUUUCUGUCUCUUCUGAUUGUCAUGUCUCUAGGUUAUGGAACCAUUGUCCAGUCCAAGUCUCUCAAAUUCUACUUUCUGUCGUGGGUGGUGAAGGGAGGUUGGUUUUGUGUGGCCUAUUUCCUGCUCAAGCCUCUCAAUCUCCCCAUUGACAUGUCUGAUUUCUCUCCCGAGGCUCUCAAGAUCACCUUCUACAUCCCCAUCAUGCUGGGUCUUGUUGUCACCACCCGGUAUCUGAAGAAAACUAACCAGUCGGCACUGGCCAGACGAAGUGCCAUGCUCACCAUGGCUCUACUGGCUCUGGGAAUCGUCUAUGCAGGUGUCUACCUGACCUUUAAAGCACACGUGCAACAAAACUGGACUUUGUUUGAGUACCAAUGGUUCCUUCCAGCCUGUGGAGAGCUAGCUGCGGAGAUGAUAUACCACCUUUGUUUCUGCGUCUUCUGGUUCCCGAGACCGUUACAAGCAGCAAAAGAGAUUGAUAAGGAGAUGUAA